CCAGGAUAUUGUGGGAUUAUCCGGCACGGAAUACCGUAUGCCGUUGCAGCCUUGGGGAGGGGGGGCUUAACCCUGGAGCCCGCGCUCAAUGGUGCUGCCGGCCAAAGCUAGCGGAACGUGCGCGUGCGCGGAUGAGUAAUGCGAGGAUGCUGCUGGAAACCCACCACCGGUGACCUGGUGAAUCGCGCGUCCCGUGUGGCCGCGAUGGCGGAUGUUGGCGUUGGAAAGUAACGGCAUUGGAAUCUCGGAAUCGAAUUAUGGUAAUGAGUUGUUUGCGGACAUGGGGAGAAAAAGAUGGCGAGUGAGCGAGUGAGCGAGUGUGAGCAAGAGAGAGAGAGAGAGGUCCAUUCGCGGGACCACCGAUCUGUCAUUGCGCCUUUGAAGGAGCUCGAAGUCCGGCUCGGUGGGUUGUGGGAUAUUGUCAUCGAAAUCGGUUAGCUUUAAAUAUUUACUUGUCGGGAUCGGUGUUGGAUGAGUUUUUUUUUUAUAUUCCAAAAAGAAAAGGGACAGUGUGUCGCCUUCUCUGAUAGCAUUCCUCUCCCCGGUUGGAAUGGAAUUCGCAUUCCAAAAGGUAGGACAGCACGAAAUGACAAAUAAUUGAGAUCUCCCAAAUCCGGGAACUGGUGGAGCAGACACAGAUUGAAUUCAUCUGCCAUCAAUUUUUUUUUGCUUUAAAAGCUGCAUUUCACCUCCCCACAAUCGGAAGCCUUCCGUUUGCAGUGGGCUGCAGAUUUUCCGCACUGAUUAUUUUUAACUGCUCCGACGACAAUUGGAACGCCGUGUCUCGCCUUCGCGCAGCAGUCGCGCCCAGGCAACGAAGUAAGGAAAACGUGCUUGCCGUGGUUUUGGGGCGAAAAUUGGAAGGUGGCAAUUUGUUAGCUCAUUACCGGCCCGAUACAACAGUUAGACGCUGAAUGUGGAUUAGUAACAGUAUUCGGUGGUGAAUAAAAAGGUGCAAACGCAUACCAAUGACUGAGAUGUAUUUUUGACUUUCGGCAAAAGCAAAGAUGGAUGCAGUUUAUUUUGGGGAUUUUUCAUGAGAUUUGUUACGCUACUUAUAAUACGGCUUCUGAUUGCUAAUUAAUCUUCUCGAGUGCCUGCGACAGGACGAUCAGGGCGAACGAUGACACGAUGAAGAGUGAUCCAGGAAUUGAGUGGCGAAUCGGGACAUCCUCAGCUUCGUUUGUCGCGCAAUGCUGGUGAAACGUAGCCAUUUUGAUGAUCGCUGCUGGAGACUUACGACAUCAACUCUUGUCUAGAUGUUGGGCUCCGUUUUGGACGAGAUUUGCUUUCACACUGAUGAAUUCAUCCCUUCGAUCAAUUCUAUAUAAAGCCUUGUUUAUCUACCUGGUUCUAGCAAAUUUUAGAAAAAAUAUUUUGUACCUCCUUUCAAUAAAAUUACCCUUAGAGAUAAUGGAGUUUUAUAACCCGGGUACGCUAAAAUAAUUGAUGCUAGUUUAUAGACAGGCAGGUAACUUGCCGAACCCCCCGUUAAGAGGUAAUCUUUUCAAAAGCCCCGGUGUUGGAUGUGAUAAACUAGGUAAAGAGUAUUCCAAGGGUCAAGCAUUUAUUGCAGACAAACUUGCCGAUUCGCAACUAUUUGUAUAACAACUCCUAUCUUUGGACAACUCCAGGACUUCCUAAUCUAAGCCACUUCUGCACACUUCAAGCAUGCACAGAAAUGGUGAAAAUAAAAAGAAAUGGUUCGCCUUUGCUAAAAAAAAACACACCCUACAAAACGACACCUUGACCCACGACGAUUCCCGAUGAGGCUAGAGCUUUUAAAGAAAUUACCAACGAACGAAUCGAUCGAUCGGCUUGAAGAAGCAAAAGGAAGAAGGGCACCGAAGACGAACGGUGGAGAUGGGAGGUAGCGCUUAUUAAGAAAUCUCAAGUGGAGCUUCAAGUGCCACUGCUCCACACCGGUCGGUCCGGCCACAAGAAAAGCGUCCAUGGAAAAGCGGAAAACGGACAGCCUAGGCAUGAUGGGUGCGCGUGUUGCUGCGCCUUGGCUCCCCACAUCCCGGGAUCCCGCAGUUCGAUGAUCGUUUCGAUGGGUGCAUGAGGGGAGAGGGGUGAAAUGUGCCAGUUCCUCUCGCCAGGGCUGCUGUGUGCUCGUGAGAGGGACCGUACACAAACACACAUACGCACGCACGCACACCCGCUGAUAAUAACGAGAGCGAGACUCCAAAAACGAAGAUAGGAAAAUUGUUAGACGCGGUGCAGCGAAAAGAGAGAGAGGAGGGAGCGAGGAGGGAACUGGGAAGGAAAAGCAAGGGGGUGAAGGUGAAGAAAACGUGAAAAGAAAGAGUGAAAAAAAAGGCCCGAGCCGAGGAAAGAAACGGGCGAACGAAGGAAGUCUUCGGACGGUGCCCGGCAAGCAGAAGAAGCGAAACGGCAAAUCGACGAAUCAACGGCACAUUGGAUACAUAUUUGUAACACUUUUUUUCUCUCUUCUUUAGCUCUUCUCCCCCCCCUCGACCCCGCUCCAUUUCACCCUCAUCCCCAUCCCGACCCGGUUCCAAAACGUCUCUCCCCGAACUUCUCUGCUUCUCUUCCAGCUCCAACGGGCACGAGUAACAUCGUUUCGGCAUCGCUGAACAGGCCCAGGCCCCCAUAAGAUGCGUCGGUCUUGGGUCUUGGUCGUGGUCGUGGCUCGACACAAAACCAGCGCCCACCCCGCUUCGCUUGCCUCUCACCCCUCGCACACCAUCCACUUCAGUCGGCUGGCUCGGGCUGGCGAAGCGAUCGCGUGAAAGCGCCUGCCUCCCUAUUUUUUCCUCCCCGAACCAAGACGGACGGAAUGAAAGUCGACGGGCUGGCGGAGGGAAGGCGGGUGGUGCGCGAUCUCUCUCGCGAAGAUCGGUUCGCGCGCGUUCGCGGGCCGCCAGCAGGCGCUUGGUUCGGGCCCGUUGGUGGCGGUCGGUGGAAAAAAGUUUUCAUUAAGAGUUUGAGAAGUAGAAACAGUUCAGUCAGUAUCGAGGUGCACACGGUGGAAGAAAGUAGUGUGUCUACGCCCCUACAUUUGGCCGUUCAAUCCUGGUGCGUUAGUUAGUGACAUAUAGCAGAGACUAAAGCAGCAUCAGCAGUAGUUCGUUGCGGGUUUUUUUUAUUGGUUUAGUGUUGUAGCAUUCUGUUGGCCCGGCGGUUGGUUCAGCUGGUAGAUUGUCCCCCCCGGUAUUUAGUUAGUCGUUUCCCACCUGUUCCCAACCCCGAAAACAUAUAAAAAUGAAAGUCACAUUCCUGUUGGAGCUAUUACUAAUUCUGAUCAUUAUCGCAUUUGCCGCCUCCAAACCGGUCAAGGAUGAAGGUCGAAAUGCACACAAAGGAACGCUCAUCUCGCGACAGGCGGCAGAAGAUCUGGCUGCGGCUGCAGCACCGGUAGAUGGCGGAGUUGCUCCCGUAGUCCCGGCUGCCGGCGGUGAUGAUGAUGACGACGAUGAUGACGAUUCCGAUGAGUUCGAUCUAGGCGACGACGACGAAUCGGCUGAGGACGAUGAUGACGACGCGGAUGACGAUGAUGAUGAUGAGGAGGACAUCAUCGGAUCGGUCGAGGACGAGAUCGACGACGAUGACGACGAUGAUGAUGAUGACGAUGAUGAUGAGGUGGCGGCACCGGUAGCCCCGGCGGCGGUUGUUGACCAACAGAAGCAGACGGCCAACCAGGUGGCACCGGCGGCUGCGGCGGCUGCUGAGGACGACGAUGACGAUGAUGACGAUGAUGAGGAUGAUGAUGCGCUGUCUUUUUUUGGUGAUGACCUACUAGGCGCGUUCGACGACGAUGACGACGAUGACGACGACGACGAUGAUGAUGACGACGAUGAGGAUACGCCAGUGGCCGCCGUACAGCCCGCCGUCCAGGCCGCGGCCGCCGUCGCCCAGCCCGUCGCUCAGGCCGCCGCCGAACCGGUGGCCCAGGUUGCCGCUGCCGCACCGGCCGCCGCCAAGAAGACGAAGAAGAAGGUCGCGGCCCAGAACACGCAGGCCCUGCUGGAUCUGGCCGAUGCGGCCGCCGCCCAGAACGAGGUGGACAGCAGCGCGGUGAAGAAGCCGGCCGAGGAGCUGGACGUCAACAGCGAGGUGAACAAGAUUGCCGAAACGCUCGCCAACCAGGGCACGGGCGACAGCGCAACCGAGCCGGCCGUCGAGGAGGACGAGGAGGAGGAGGAGUACGAGGAGGACUCGCCAGAAAAGGUACAAACUCAAAACACGAAUAACAAUAAAGUUGACGUUGUUGCGAACGCUCCAGCUCAGCCCGUAACCGUGACGAAACCGGAGAAGAAACCGGCGACCGGAGACGAUGACGACUACCUGUCCGCCCUGGUCGGCGACGAUGACGAUGACGACGACGAUGACGACGAUGACGAUGACAGCGAGGAGGCGCCGGUUGCCGCCGCCGCAGCUGCCACGACCGGCCAGAAGGAGGACCAGCAGACGGCGGGCGGUGUCGCCGCGGACGACGACGCGGAAGACGACGAUGACGACGAUGACGACGACGACAGCGACGAGCUGAUCGACGAGAGCGCCGUGGAGGAUAUUGCCGAGUCGGAUGUGUGAGUGGAGCCGGGUGCUCCGGGCCCAUCAGCCACCCUUCCCGCCACCACGCUCCCCAGCCUUCCCUCCACCACCUCCCACCUCUCCCCCUCCUCCUUACCUGACGACGCAAUCGUCAACCAAGCCAAGGAAGAACGACUUACACGUACACACGUACACACCGCACCCAUUAUCAUCACACACAAACACGUAGAAACACAAAGAUGACUGAGAUCGUGGGUGAGGUGAUAAGCGCGGGCGGGGAGAAGCAAGGGAAGGAAGCAAAGGCUCCACACUCUAGCAGAACUUGUGGGGCUCAAAACCAAACUGUAAAGAAGAUCGACGGUCACGAUCGUACGAUCCUCUUCCCAGCCAGAACUCCCUUCUCUCUCUGCCUCCUCUCCUUCUGGGGAGGCCCAACAGGCCCGGCGCGUACUACCUCUGAACCCACAGCAAAAUACCCGACAAACUCCGAUGCGAACCCGUGAUGUCCGUGUGUCCACCUCGUUGAAGGAGGUGGAAGCUUAGGCGAGAUAGACAGAGAGAGAGAGAAAAAGAAUACAAGAGUAGGGAGAGAAGGAUAGGAAGAAGAAAAAAACGAUGACUUUCCCCGGGUGUGUGCCAGCGCCGUGCAAACACCACCACAACCGUCAUCGAUCCAUCCUGAAUGAAUGCGAGGAUGCCGGCAGCACUGCACUGUCACAUGCCAGGAUAGUAGCACCGUCACGAACAACAGCCGACGGACGGACGGAGAAGCAAACACACUCACACAGAGCAGAGAACAACUGACUAGGAGUUUUAAGAUAAUUUAUUUAUUUAUUUAAAUUAUUUAUUUAUUUAAUUUAUUCGUACUCGUUGUGUACAAUCAGGACAACCGACCUUACUACUACUACUACUACAACAACCGCACCUACUACUACUGGAACUUUUUUUGCGAGUAAAAAGACAGUGAUAGCCGCGCGACAUCGCUCAAUCUAGAACAGUACGAAAAGGACAAUAAAGAGGAAACAAAAAUACGGACGAGAUUGUAAAAAAUCAUAA